AUGACAGAGGAUGACGUCCCUCAAGGAAACACGACUUCGGACGCCCCAGAAGCAGUCCGGACGAAGAGAUCUCGAACAGGCUGCUUGACGUGUCGCACUCGACGACGCAAAUGUGACGAGACCAGGCCGACGUGCCAGAAUUGUGUAGCAAAGGGGCUCGAAUGUCGUUAUGCUGCCUUGUAUCAGAUUCUUGGGAAGAAUAAUUAUACCCCGAUGGUGGAGGGCCCGGCAAGUUCUUCUGGCCGGGACACUGUACGAUCCAGUUUCGUUUCCGACGGUGAUGAGGUGUUCAACGUCGCAAAUGCCGGGGGAAUGACUGAUGCGGAUAGGGAAAAUGGAAGGCCGAUUGCUGCAAACUCUCCAAUUAGAAACGCGGCACUUUGCCAGGGACCAAGUUUGCAGGACAUGACAAACUUCACUCCGUCUCCAAACAGCUACCAGUCCGCUUUGCACGGGCUGUUGACCUUGGGGUCUAGAGCUACAGCAGGUGAUCACGCUGUGGCUAUGAGGCAUCAAACAGGUCCCCUAUCGGAGUCGACGGUGCACGACUUUGCCGUUGAGCCAGCAUUUGUUGAUGUUGAUCAUGAUGUGGAUAGUAUGGCUACAAACAACAUGUGGCACUCAGAAAGCCAAUUUCAGGUCGAUGCUUGCACCACGAUCCCCACAGAGAGGGCCGAGCUACGUGUGUUCGGCCACAUCGUGCCCACAACAAGAGCGAGCAGAGAAUUGAGUAUCCAAAACACUCUGACUACAAUCAUUGACACAGCGUACCUUGAACAGCCAAGCCGAGCAUCACUGGAAGACGAUAUGACCCUGCUGAAGAUUUACCGCUAUCAGAUAGCACCUUGGCUCGACAUAUUCGACAGAGACCAGAGUUUUGGCGUUCAGGUAGCGGUUCUUUCUACAGAAUCAGAGACACUACGCAAUGACAUACUAUCCCUUGCCAGAGCAACGCGCGCUGAAGAUCGGGCAGCUCCUGUGCAUAUGUCUUACGUCGACCAUGCGGAUUUCGGACCAAGAGACUACCUUCGACUAGCAGUGUCGGACGUAUUUAGUCUCCUCAAACAUGCCAUGAUCGAUCUGGAGGACUUCUGGGAUGCGGAGGCGGAGAAGCAAAACGGAUUGAAAAUGCUUGAAGCGCUAUUGCCAAAAAUCGACGAGCUACCGUCUCUUGCGGAGCACGUCUACUGGUUGAUGGUACGGCUUGAGCUUAGUUGUGUGCUCAUGAAUGCAACCUGCAUCCGACUGCCUCUGCCUUUUCUCGCACAGGGCCGACUGAAUUUGGAAAAUGGUGGGUCCAUGACCCAACGUACGCAAGAUGGCAUUGCUUUGUGUGUGGAUGCAGUCAUGUUCUCCCAGGGAGACGAUGAUCGAUGGCUUCAAAAGCGCUAUGGACUGAACCGAGUGGAUACCUGGAAGGCUCUCGUCCAAGGCUUCAGUGCGUGGUUUCUGAAACGCCCAGAUGAGCUCCUUCCCAUCAUUGAGCUGUAUCCAAAGGACGGUAUUCAAGCUGACAACGAUUUUCCGAUUAUCGCUUUCACUAGCGGUGGUGCACUCCUUGCAAACCAACUCUAUCACUGCGGAAUGCUGCUGUUGCUGAGAAAUAAGCCUCGUUUCGUGGGGGAGCUAAAUCGAAGCUCUCCUUCAAUGCUAACCGGCUGGAACGUGUCGCGCCAUAUCGAGGAUUUGCGGAAUGAGUGGCGGCUCGCUGAUGGCUGGUAG